CAGGUGUUUUAUAUGUUUGAUAGGAAACGAAACGGUGUGAUUGAGUUUGGAGAAUUUGUUCGUUCCCUUAGCAUCUUCCAUCCAUACACUCCCGAACAUGAAAAGUCCGCAUUUAUGUUCAAGCUUUUUGACCUCCAUGGAACCGGCUUCAUCCAGCCCCAUGAGUUGAAGAAGAUGGUGGGCGCACUACUAGGUGAAACAGACUUAGAAAUAUCGGAAGAAUCUAUUGAAGCUAUUGUGGAACAGACGAUGCUCGAGGUUGAUACAAACAAAGAUGGGAAGAUCGAUGAAGAAGAGUGGAAAGAGCUCAUCGCUAAGAAUCCUUCAAUCCUCAAGAACAUGACUCUACCUUACCUCAAGGAAGUGACUUUAGCAUUUCCAAGCUUUGUACUCGACUCCGAGGUAGAAGACUAGAGAGAAUCGGAUACCUUCAGAUCAACAAGUCUAUAAACUGGUUUUACAAAUUUAUAUUAUCAUGCAAUGCAUGUUUCACGUUCGUUUUAGUUAUUACUGUUGAUAUCGAUUCAAUUCGAAGGGAAUUUUAAAUCUGGGUUACCUAAACCGUUAUGAAAUUAAACCGAUUGUUUUGU